AUGCCCCAGCCGCCCCCAAGACUGAUUAGCCCCUACGGCUCUGAUCGGCUGGUACGGCUGGCAGCCCGGCUCCGGCCAGCACUGUGUGACACCCUGAUCACGGUAGGGGGCCAGGAGUUCCCUGCCCACAGCCUGGUGCUAGCAGGCGUGAGCCAGCAGCUGUGCCGAAGGGGCCAAUGGGCUCUGGCAGAAGGCGUCAGCUCUUCCACCUUUGCCCACCUUCUGAGCUUUGUUUAUGGGGAGAGCGUGGAGCUUCAGUCUCGGGAGCUAGGGCCCCUUGAGGAGGCAGCCAAGGCCCUGGGGGUACAGGCCCUGGAAGAGGCAUGCAGGAGGGCUCAGAGGGACAGGGCUAAAGAAGAACUGGACCUAGGGCUACAGACACAGGAGGAGGAGCCAGAGAAACCCACAGGGGGCUCUGGGAGAGGACUGGGAGGCCCCGAAGAGAAUCAGGAACCGGAGAGCUUUAGAACUGCUGGGCGAGAUCAGGAGACACUGCACAAGCACAAGUCACCACGAGCCAGUCCUGAGAGGACAGAGGCAGGGCGCGGAGGGCAGUGGGCGCAGAUGGGAUCCAAGGAGGAGAGACGCAGCCGACGCCCUCAUGGCCAGGAGCGAGGAGUGGUCGCGUGGGUGAAGCAGGGUCCGAGGUGCUCUGAAGAAAGGCUGCGGGAGCUCCCUGGCCCCCUUCCCCCACCAGGUUCUCUCCAAACCAGCGACCUCCCCAGGCCCUGGUGGGCGGAGGCCCCGUGGCUGAGGGAGGGCCAGCCUGCCUUAUGGACCUCGCUGUCGUGGCCGCCCUUCUCCCAUGGCACCCCCAGCACGGGAGCCUGGCAGAAGGUCUGGCCUCUGCACCAGAGGGUCCCACUGUCCCUGAACCCCGGCAAAGGGCUCUGGAGUCAGAACCAGCUGGCCUCCUCCAGCCCCACCCCAGGUUCCCUCCCUCAGGGCCCUGCACAGCUCAGCCCUGGGGAGACGGAAGAGUCCCAGCAGGGGCACACAGGCGCACUUGCAACCUGCAUGGAUCAGGAGGGCACUGCAGGUCACCCAUUGCGCCAACGCCCUCCCCCACCCCCUCCUGCCCGGUCUCGGCCCUAUUCUUGCGCUGUCUGUGGAAAGAGAUUUUCACUCAAGCAUCAGAUGGAGACCCACCACCGAGUGCACACAGGAGAGAAGCCCUUCUCCUGUGGCCUCUGUCCUCAGCGCUCCAGGGAUUUUUCAGCCAUGACCAAGCACCUGCGGACGCACGGGGCAGCUCCCUACCGCUGCCCUCUGUGCGGGGCGGGCUGCCCCAGCCUGGCCUCCAUGCAGGCGCACAUGCGCAGCCACUCGCCCAGCCAGCUCCCUCCCGGAUGGACCAUUCGCUCCACCUUCCUCUACUCCUCCUCUUCCUCCUCCUCC